CUGUGCUCACUUUCACUUCGUGCCAUAUCGAAUCUUUUGUUUCUCAAGUUAGACCCGGUGUCAUUCGUUUUUUUAAUCACCAUGAUGGAGCCGCAACACGAGUACAAGAAUGUUUCCGCAGUCGACAACCACGACGAUGACUCGUCGACCGAGGUGGAGUCUCUGGUUGGCAUGGAGAAGCACUGGGCGGCGGACACCUUCACGAGGCGGAGAUCGAAGAGGAAUGCGUGUGUUGGCAUACUGAAGGCGUCGCGGUGGUUUGUGGUCAUUGGGCUACAGCUCGUCAUGGUCGGACUGCUGGCAAAAGACCAAGGGAUGCUGCGACAACUCGGCCUAGGAAGCAAAAGGAGUAGCAGUGCAAAUGAAGUCGGAGGCGAUGUCACGGGAUGGGGACCUCAUAUUCCUACCCAAGUAACGAAGUUCCAGAUCAACCAGACCUUCGCACCUAUGAACACUUCGGAGUUCUUCACUCCUGAGACCCUGCACGCCUGGAACGACUUGAUGCCUAAGGGCAUGGGAUUCCAGUCCAUCCCUGACCCCGAAAACUACCACGACCUGCCUACCCCCAUUGUCUGGCCCAACCAAACCGUCUUCACAACAUCUAUGACCCACCAGCUACACUGUCUAUUCGCCGUCGUCGAAGUCUACUCCGCCAUGACCUCCAAUCACUCUCUCUGGGACAUCACCUCCAUGCCGGAAGACCAUCAUUGGCACAUGAUUCAUUGCUUUGACUACAUGCGCCAGGCCAUUCUGUGCAGCGCGGACAUGAGCUUGGAAGGUUUGGAGACCACAUUCCCUGACCAUAACGGUGGCAGUGAUGGCUGGGACAGCAAGCACGUUUGCCGAGACCCCAAGGAAGUGAAGAAGAGGCUCGAGAGUGUGCGGGCUUAUGAUGCCCAGGAGAUCUUCUAGCAGGCCACGUCCAGUCGGGGUUGAUGAGGAGUAUAAAUACUUAUAUUUUCUUGUACUUGCUAUAGUCAAAUGCACGACAUUCGAGGAUUCUAAUCGUUUCGCCAUGCCGAUGAGGCUUCUGUCCGCUACCCAUAAGAAGAGACCCUGCGUCUCUUUGG